UUAAACACAUCUUAAAUCAGUUACAAAAAAAAAAUGAAUUUUUAUGAUAAAUUCUUGAGAAAUUUCGUUAUACUUGUAGUUUUUGCAACUUUAACGAUUUCCCUUCCAAUCUCUCUAAAUAAAAGGUUAAGCACGGAUAUUCUCAUCGUUACAGCUCCUAGUCCAAUACCCAAAUUCGUUGGAUCUAUACAAACUGUCAGUUGGAUCUGUAUCACUUGUAAACCAACAGAUGAUGUGAAAAUUGAAAUUAUAAAAAAUCUUAGUAAAGUAGUAUUCACGACAACUGGUAAAAAUGCUAAUUCUGGAACUCAAGAUAUUAAACUUGAUCCAAGUUGGGCUGUUCCAGGAGCGUAUAAUGUUAAAGUAUCACUUCAAAGCAAUCCAAAAGUUUUCGGAAUAAGUAUUAAACCAUUCCCUAUUAUCCCUGUUGUUUCAACUAAUAUAAAUAUCCCAGCUAAUUUUCCAGUUAAUUUUCCGAAAUCUUUUUAAAUUGUAUAAAUUUUAAUUUUUAAUGCUUAAAAAAGGGACUAUGUAAAUAGAGGUUAGUAAAAUAAGGAAUGAUAUUGGCAAAACGGUGAUGGAAUAAUUUCGGGAAUCAAUUCCUAUUUUUUUUUUUCCAGAAUUCUAUUAUUGUUUAUUAUUUGUAAAUAAUUAAACAUUUCUUAUUCAAUGUCCUGAAUUAAUAAGUGGGAUUUGAGUUUAAGUUU